AUGAACAAUGCAGUUGCUCAUAACCUUUCAUAUCAGACGAAACUUCCUGUAUUCGACGGUGGUUCGAAUCAAGAUAAUUCGGAGUUGAUUUAUUCAACACAGUUAGAUAAGGAUGCUGUCUGGAAACCCAAGAACCGGGUGUACAGGCCAGGUGUUGUCGGGCUUCAUGAAGAAAUUAUUGACUUUGUUAACUUUAUUGGUCCUACGUCUGAAGAGCAUUGGGUUCGUGAAAUUGUUGUUGCUAAGGUGAAAAAUAUCGUCUACUCAUUGUGGCCGGAAUGCCGGACGGAUGUAUUUGGUAGCUUUAGUACGGGGCUUUAUCUGCCUACCAGUGAUAUUGAUGUGGUUAUUUUUGGCAAAUGGUUAAACUUGCCUUUAAGUACCCUGGAAAAUGCUCUGAGAAGUAGUAGAAUUGCUUCGGAUAUCAAGGUUCUAUCCAGAGCUACUGUUCCCAUCGUUAAGCUAACCGAUGCUGAUACGGGUCUCCACCUCGAUAUUAGUUUCAAUAUGAUCAAUAGUGUGCGUGCAGUCGAUAUGAUCGGUGGUUUCAUCCAAAAGUUCCCCUGCCUUCGAUACCUCGUAUUUGUAUUGAAGCAAUUUCUCUUUCAACGGGAUUUAAAUGAAGUUUGGACCGGUGGAAUUAGCUCCUAUGCUCUUAUUCUGAUGUGUAUCAGUUUUCUACAGCAUAAUGGAAAAGAGGAUGAAAAGCCGGAAAACGUCAAUCUGGGCACUCUUCUCAUGGAGUUUUUUGAAUUAUACGGACGAAAUUUCAAUUACGCAACCACCGCUAUUAGAGUCACUGGGUCUGGUUCAUAUGUACGCAAAGAGGCCGUUCUCAAAAAUAUGGAACCUGGUUCUGGCCCCUCUUUUUUAUGCAUAGAAGACCCAUUAUGUCCUGGAAACAAUGUUGGUCGACGUUCUUAUGGGGCGCCUCAGGUCAGACAAGCAUUUGAGUACGCCUAUUUGGCACUGUCAAGUGCUCUGCGUUCCGACGCUGAAAACGAAGGGUCGAUUCUUUCAAAGAUUCUACAGAUCUCAUCGGCCACAGUGGAAAGUCGCCGGCGCGUACGGGCGCACGCUCUUUUUAUGUACCAAAUUAUUCCAUCAUUCAUUACUCCUGUUGUGCCCCAACCGCACCCCAAGUCGAACUCACUUCCUCUCCACACCCAACUAUCGGAAUCUAAUCCUUCGUAUUCGUCUCAGUCAAAUUCUGCAAAUCCUGUUAUAUCACCUGGAGGAGGUUCUGGAGACCAGAGGCAAGGUGUUAGCCCUUCGCUAUCUAAGGAACCUAUUAUUGUUUCUGCGCGUGGAUUCGCAACACGUCCUCCGGCUUUCCUGCGCACCCCUAUUGGUGGCGAGAUGCUGGCUCUGUCGCCUCACCCGCCCCAUUUCUUGUACCGUCCACCCCAGCCGGUAUUUUACGAUCCCCUGAUACUUCAUCUGCCAAACACUCAAGGUGGCGUACCCACUACUUCCGGUACUCCCACUUCAAAACCAGUUUUCAUUAUUCUUUCACAUUCCUCCGUCGUGCCUUUUCCUGAUCAAAUGCUUGCCCAACCCAAUUAUGUACCCACCCAACUUCUGGCGACUUCCUCACCAAUUGACGAUGAGUCGGUUGCUAUGUCUCCUGCCCUACCUGACAGUGAUUCCGACUGUGAUGAAUUACCUACGGAUUCCGAUAUCAAUGAAGAAGCCAGCAACGGCGAAAAUCACGAUGCGGCCACUUCGGAGGGUCGCCAAAAGACCCGGGACCUUCAGCAACAGGCCGCUGAUCGAAAUUUUAAGAAUAUCAGGUCCGCGUCCGCUUCAAACCCCUGCUCAAACCUAGCAAGUCAACUCGCUCCUUUGCGGUUAGCCUCUUCCGAACAGAAUAUCUGUAGUCCAUGUCAUAACAAACUGGCGGAAUCAUCUUGUCGGUCCCCUCCACCCCCACAGCCUCUUGCACCAUCGCCGCUGCCUCAGCCAACUGCUGUUUCCGCUGGUAAGGUCGUCGAGAUUCCUAACUGUGAACAUAUGGAAGCGGACUCCUGUUCUCCUCCUCCGCCCACUCAUUUAAGAGGUGGCAAGUCUGUUCGACGAAGACGUCGACCUUUGAGGAGAGGUGGUGGCGGCGGUGGAUCUGUAGUAAACGGUUCUUCCACAUUCACCACAGCUGCUCCCGAGGUACAGUCUCAUAGCACAGCGGUAGCUAAUGUUUGUUUAUCGAGCAACGAGGAAUCUGAAGGCAGUGGCGUCAACCAAGGCGGUCAUCGAUUAAAACGGCGAUGCUCCCAACUUCAUCAGGCGGGACAUUGCUGUAGUGACCAGUCCGAAAAGGUAGUAGCAGCUUCCAAAUCGACCAGUGACCGCCCAAAGACCUGGUCGUCUGCCAAAUCCUCUGUUCGCACAAGCUCAUGCAGUCCUGCUCAGAUUGGUGAUAAGUGUGGAAAGUAUAACUCACCAACAGCACUUCAGAGUGGAAAAAAUCAGCAGCAAUCAGGUGCAAAAAAUGCCACAAUGCCCAUUUCACUUAAACGGCUAGCCACCAGCAGGCCACGCUGA